GUAGUCACACUACAUCAAGACUAGUGAAGAUGGCGGACGUGUUGAGUGUUCUUCGGCAGUACAACACCCAGAAAAAAGAAAUCGUCGCCAAAGGAGACGAAGUUAUCUUUGGAGAAUUCUCUUGGCCAAAAAAUGUCAAGACUAAUUAUGUCAUUUGGGGAACUGGUAAAGAGGGUCAGCCGAAGGAAUACUAUACUCUGGACUCCAUCCUGUUCCUGCUCAAUAAUGUGCAUCUUCCUCAUCCAUCCUACGUGCGAAGAGCUGCAACGGAGAACAUUCCGGUUGUCAGACGACCUGAUCGAAAGGGCCUGCUGUCGUAUCUCAAUGGGGAAAGUUCUACUUCAACAAGUAUAGACAGAAGUGCCCCCAUAGAAAUCGGUUUGCAAAGGCCAACACAAGUCAAACGAGCUGCAGACGAGGUGUCAUCUGAAGCCAAGAAACCAAGGAUAGAGGAUGAGGAAAGAGUGCGCCUGGACAAGGAGCGUCUUGCUGCCCGGCUGGAGGGUCACAAAGAAGGAAUUGUGCAGACUGACCAGAUCAGGUCGCUGUCCGAGGCCAUGUCGGUGGAGAAGAUUGCCGCAAUCAAGGCCAAGAUCAUGGCCAAGAAGCGCUCCACCAUCAAGACCGACCUGGACGAGGACAUCACCCUGAAGCAGAGGAGCUUUGUGGACGCGGAGGUGGACGUGACCAGGGACAUCGUCAGCAGAGAGCGUGUCUGGCGGACCAGGACCACCAUCCUACAAAGCACUGGGAAGAACUUCUCCAAAAACAUAUUUGCCAUCCUGCAGUCGGUGAAGGCCAGGGAGGAGGGACGCGCGCCCGAGCAGAGGCCUGCACAGAACACCGCCCAGGUGGACCCGUCCAUAAGAAACAAACAGCCCAUUCCCGCUGCCUAUAACCGUUACGACCAGGAGCGAUUUAAAGGAAAAGAGGAAACGGAGGGGUUCAAGAUUGACACCAUGGGAACCUACCACGGUAUGACCCUGAAGUCUGUGACGGAGGGAGCAUCUGCCCGGAAGGCCCAGACACCAGCCCUGCAGCCUGUCCCCAGACCAGUUUCCCAAGCCAGACCCCCACCAAAUCAAAAGAAGGGCUCGCGCACCCCCAUCGUCAUCAUCCCAGCCGCCACCACGUCCCUCAUCACUAUGCUUAACGCCAAGGACCUUCUGCAGGACCUCAAGUUUGUGACAUCUGAGGAGAAAAAGAAGCAGGGCAUCCAGCGGGAUAACGAGGUGCUGCUCCAGAGGCGUAAGGACCAGAUCCAGGCCGGGGGGGCCGCGCUGAGUGUCACCGUGCCCUACAGGGUCAUCGACCAGCCCCUCAAACUGGCCCCACAGGACUGGGAUCGCGUGGUGGCGGUGUUCGUGCAAGGCCCCGCCUGGCAGUUCAAAGGCUGGCCGUGGCUGCUGCCGGAUGGAUCCCCUGUGGACAUUUUCGCCAAAAUUCGAGCCUUUCACCUGAAGUACGACGAGCAGAAGAUGGACCCCAAUGUGCAGAAGUGGGACGUGACCGUGCUGGAGCUGAGCCACCACAAGCGCCACCUCGACCGGCCCAUGUUCCUGAAGUUCUGGGAGACCCUCGACAGAUACAUGGUGAAACACAAAUCCCACCUGAGGUUCUAAACGUGGCACAUGGCCCUCCUCCCUCCACGGGUUCCGUCACAAUCUCCCCCCUCGCCCCAAACAUCGCCCCCUUGUCGUCAUCCGGACUAAUGUUAGUCGAGAGAGGACUUGCCCCGCCGGACGUUUGUGGCCCUGGGAUGCCCUCCAGUGUGUUGAGAGAGUCUUUCAGGAAAACCCCCGUCUGCCUGCUCUUCAUAUGUUUUCAUAGUUUCAAGCAUCAGAUGCUCUAUGUCAGACUGCAAGAGGUUGGGGGGGGGUUCAAUGUCUUCAGCGACUUGUAUAGUUGGGGGACAAAAAUAUCCAAACUAGAUUGGCCUUGUGUCUUACAGUGGAGACAGAUUGAAGUGCAAGAUGGAGAGAACAGCAGCGGGAUGAGGGAGAGGCAGGAAAACAAACAGCGCCCCAUAUUAAAUCCUUCUGUCAAAUUGAAUCUCGUAAAAUCCAUUAGGAAAAAAAGGCCCUGGAUAAGAAGCCGUUCGGAAAUCUGGCGGUACAAAUAAAAGGCACUGCUGAGGAUAAGGGACCUGAGACCUUUGUCGCUGCUUAAUUUUUCCUGUGUUUUGUUUAAUCCCCCCCCCCACCCCCAUCUUAACUAAUGGACUAUUAAUAGUCUAGAGCUGUUGACGAGGGCCCUGGUCAUCAGUAACGCUCUGAAGGGAGCAUUAUUAAAUCCUAGGCUAAAAGGGUGGAGUGACGCGGUCUUGUAGCCAAUCCACCUGAGCAGUGUCGUUAUGAGCGACCCAAAUGUACAUAUUAUUAUAAAUGAGUUAAACUGUCUGAACAGACUUCGAAGAAACUCAAAGAAGCUAUUCUCCUUUUCUGGAUACGUAGCUAAGCUCUUAUUGAUUCGUUGACCUAUUCCAGACAGUCAAUUCCAGUCUCUGCUCGGUGUUUCUCUUCUUUUGGACUGUGUAUCACUUUUGUCAGGCCAUAAAGUUACAAAGGUUGAAUCCCUUUUCUUUUCUUUUUUUGGUGUUGUUCAAAUGAAUUAUGGCGGAGAUUUGCUUUGUUUUAUGUGUUCACAGUGCAAAUGCAUAAUAAAAGCUGGUAGAGAA